CGGGGAGGACCCUGCUUGUGGGGCUCCCGGCCGGAAGCCUGCCGGGAGUGGGGACGUGUCUCUGCGCGGCCGGGCCGAGUGUGUGGCCGUCGCGAGCCGCUGCCAUGGCCUCGGCCAGUCUGGUGGAGAAGCUGCAGCUCCGCGUGCGGGAGCUGGAGGAGGCGCUGGCCAGGGAGCGGGGCGGCGGGCAGGGCCAGCGGGCUCGCAUCGAGAGCAUGAGCCCGGAGGUGACCGACUCCAAUCCCUACAGCCGCCUGAUGGCAUUAAAACGAAUGGGAAUUGUGAACGAUUAUGAGAAAAUCCGUACCUUUACGGUAGCAGUAGUAGGUGUUGGUGGAGUUGGCAGUGUGACUGCUGAAAUGUUGACAAGAUGUGGCAUUGGUAAGGUAAUAUACAUUUUUUUCAUGUACCAGUAAACAGAUGAACUAGUC